CGCUGGGCUCUGGCCAUGAGGCUCGCUGUAGACGAGAUCAACAGGAGUCCAGACCUGCUGCCGAACCAUACGUUGGGCUACAGGAUAUUCGACUCGUGUGCGACCCCAGUCACAGCUCAGAGGGCGGUCCUGGCUGUACUGAAUGAUGAGGAUGCGGCUGUAGGCUCACUGUGUUCCGGUGCGGGCCCUUUACUCGCCAUCGUUGGAGAAUCUGGUUCCUCACAGACCAUUGUUGUUUCUAGAACGCUACAGCCUUUCAGAAUACCGAUGAUAAGCUACUUCUCUACCUGCGCUUGUCUAAGCGAUCGGGAACAAUUCCCCACGUUUUUCAGAGUAGUCCCGAGCGACGACUACCAGGUAAAAGCCAUCGCUCAGCUGCUGAAGAGAUUCGGCUGGACGUGGAUCGGCGUGGUCACUGAAGACCACGAUUAUGGCAGGUUUGCUUUACAAGGCCUGAAGAAAGAGAUCGAGAACACGGACAUCUGCCUGGCCUAUCACGAAAUGAUUCCCAAAGAUUUCAAGCGAGAGAGGGUCCUCGAGAUUCUAAACGUGAUGCAAAGAUCCACAGCCAGGGUGGUGGUGGUGUUUUCGGGAGAGGGAGAGUUUUACCCUUUCUUGAGGGAAUUCAGAAAUCAAAACAUCUCAGGAAUCCAGUGGGUUGCCAGUGAGGCCUGGGUCACAGCCUCCAUAUUAGCAGAAGCAUAUCCCUUCCUAGCAGGUACGAUCGGAUUUGCUGUCCGUCAGGGGUUUGUACCAGGACUGAAGGAAUAUUUGCAGAUGGUGAACCCACAGUGGUACCCGUCUAACCCUCUGGUGCUGGAGCUUUGGGAGGCUCUGUACAGCUGCUCUCCCUUCACAUCUUCCAACAAUCACAACAUACUUCCCCUCUGUACAGGACAGGAAACGCUGAGCAAGGAACAUACAGCCUACAUGAACACCUCGAGUCCUCGUGUUACGUAUAACGUGUAUAAAGCGGUGUACGCCAUCGCUCACUCGCUUCAUAAUCUACUACAGUGUGUACCUGGAGACGGGCCAUUUAAUAACUCGGCAUGUGCAGACCUCAAAAAUAUUUAUCCAUGGCAGCUUCAGCAUUACCUCCAGGAGGUGUCGUUUUCAGUUUCCGGUGAACGAGUAAACUUCGAUGUGAAAGGAGACUCGGUUCCAUCUUACGAUCUGAUAAACUGGCAGAGGCGCCCGAACGGAGAUGUUGAUUUUGUUACGGUGGGGCUUUAUGAUGGUGCGAUGGAGGCUGGGAAGGAACUGGUCAUCCAGGAUCAUGCGAUCGUUUGGCCUGACAAUCAGAGCAAGGUACCAGUGUCGGUUUGCAGUCACAGCUGCUCUCCGGGAUUCAGGAAGGCUGUUCGUAAUGGCGAGCCUUUGUGCUGCUUUGACUGUGUACCAUGUGACAGCGGCAAGAUUAGUAAUCAGACAGAUUCAGUAGACUGCAUGGCCUGUCCCGAAGACUACUGGUCCAGCACUCAAGGAACGGUGUGCAUCCCUAAGGCUGUGGAGUUCCUGUCCCACAGGGAUACGAUGGGGAUCAUCCUGAUGGUGAUAGCCAUCGUUGGCUCCUGUCUGACGAUAUUCGUCCUGGCAAUAUUCUUGCACUAUAGAGGAACCCCCAUGGUGCGCAUUAACAAUUCAGAGCUGAGUUUCCUAAUCCUGCUCUCGCUGACUCUUUGUUUCCUGUGUGCGUUGAUUUUCAUCGGUGAGCCCACGUCCUGGUCGUGCAUGCUGCGCCACACGGCGUUUAGCAUCACCUUCUCGCUCUGCAUCUCCUGCAUCCUCGGCAAAACCCUGGUGGUCCUGGCUGCCUUCACAGCCACCCAGCCCGGGAACAACGUGAUGAAAUGGCUGGGGCCGACGCAGCAGAGAAUCAUCAUCUUCAGCUGCACUCUGGUCCAGAUGAUCAUCUGUGCGGCGUGGCUGAUAGCCUCUCCGCCGUUCCCCUACAGGAACACACAGUCUCAGCGCUCCAAAGUCAUUCUGGACUGCAGUGUGGGAUCAGACCUGGCGUUUUGGUGCGUUCUGGGCUACAUCGGCCUCUUGGCCUGCUUGUGCUUCCUUUUGGCGUUCCUAGCUCGGAAACUACCCGGGAAUUUCAACGAGGCUAAAUACAUCACCUUUAGCAUGUUGAUCUUUUGUGCCGUGUGGUUGGCGUUUGUCCCGGCCUACGUCAGCUCACCUGGUAAAUUCACCACCGCCGUCGAAAUAUUCGCCAUUUUAGCUUCUAGCUUUGGCCUCCUGAUGUGCUUGUUCGCGCCAAAGUGUUACAUAAUUCUACUAACACCAGAAAAAAAUACCAAGCAGCAUUUAAUGGGUAAAGCUGCCAAAUAA